AUCUUUUGUUUAACAAAACCGUUUCUUAAAACGAACGUGUAAAAAAUGGUAACGAAUUGUUUUUAAACUUGUAUAAAUACUGAUAUAAAGUUUUCAAAGUAUCAACAGAGUUUCGUGAAACAGAUACAAUGAAUUCAGUUAUUGUCUUUAUUGCCCUGAUUGGGUUAACUUUUGGACUACCCAGAGGAAAAGUGCAACUUACUGAAAAACAAAUUGAAGAUCUUGUAUCCAAAAACGGACCAUUCUCUGUAGGUUUAAACGUGGCUAUUGGAAAACUAAACUACGGCAGUUCUAAAUACCGACAAGUAAGAGAGAAGAUUAUUAAUGCAACUUCUCAAAUUGUUGCAGGUACUCAAUAUGAAGUUAACAUCAAAGUUGUUGAAUCGGUUUGUGAAAAUUUACCAAUUAAUUCGAAUUUGAUGACAACUAAAGAAUGUCCUGUUAAAGAGAAACCUGAAGCAAAAGUCUGUAAAGUUUCUAUUUGGUACCGUCCUUUUCUUAUUCAAACAAUGGAUUCCUUAGUUGUAAACACCUCAUGUAAACUAGAAUAA